AUGAACAAUACAUUUGGACAUAGAAAUUUCUUUGUUAGCUGGAAUUUGACUGAAAGCUACUUGCCAUUCAUUGAAUGCAAGUCUAAUAUGGGUCCUGGUGUGGCUGUGCUGGUUAUAUCAUGGGUUGUCACUUUGUACACCUUGUGGCAAGUGGUUGAAAUGCAUGAGAUGGUACCUGGAAAACGUUUCAACAGGUAUCAUGAGCUUGGCCAGCACGCAUUUGGUGAAAAGCUUGGUCUAUACAUCGUGGUGCCCCAACAGCUUGUCUGUGAGGUUGGCGUGAACAUAGUCUGUAUGGUUACUGGAGGGAAGUCACUCAAGAAAUUCCAUGAUUUGGUGUGCAAAGAUUGCCAAAAUAUUAAGCUCACUUUCUUCAUCAUGAUUUUCGCCUCUGUCCACUUCGUGCUCUCCCAUCUUCCCAACUUCAACUCCAUCUCUGGUGUGUCUUUGGCUGCAGCAGUCAUGUCCUUCAGGUAUAGUCCCUUUUGCUUUUCUAUUCCAUUUUAUGCUACAUUGACUCACGUACACAAAGGUAUGUGUGUGAGUGUCUAA